AUGACACCAGCAUGGUCGUUCCUCACAGUGGAGUUCGAUAUAGUCCAAAACCUUGAACUCCAUGACAUCAGUGAUAACCAUGUAGGAAAAGAUAUAUCCAGCCUGAUAUCCAACGUAUCAGAGCCAGCUGCUCACUAUUCCGCCAAUGCUAGCGACAUAAAUGACAACAGGAACAACUCUAUCGUUCUCAAGAGCGGAGAAACCAUUCAAGCUUGGAUUGACUAUGACGGCAAGGAGAUGUUGAUGAAUGUUUCAAUAUCUCCUCGUGGCAUGUUGAGACCCCACCGCCCUUUGAUAUCAUUCCCCAUUGAUCUCUCAUUGGUGUUAGAUGAGUACAUGUAUGUUGGCUUCUCUGAUUCCACUGGUUUACUAAAGGCCUUACAUUAUGUGCAGGGCUGGAGCUUUACCAUUGGGCCAAGGGCACAAGAUUUAGAUCCAAGAAAGCUCCCAUUUCUCAAGACAAGAAUUAGAGAGGGGGAUGAGAUUCUGGAGGAUUGGGAAAUUGAAUAUGGAGCUUGGAGAUUCAUGUAUUCUGAGCUCUUCUCUGCAGCAAGAGGGUUUGGAGAGAAAAACCUUAUUGGUUCUGGAGGCUUUGGGAGACUUUAUAGCUGGGUGAUCCCUAGUACAGGGCUAGAAGUGGCAAUGAAGAUGGUAUCUAAUGGUUCUCGUCAAGGAAUGAAAGAAUUUGUUGCAGAAAUUACAAGCAUGGGGCGACUUAGGCCCCGGAAUCUUGUACACUUACAUGGUUGGUGCCGGAAGCAAGAUGAGCUCCUCCUCACUUAUGAUUACUUUCCCAAUGGGAGUCUCGACAAGCUUUUGUAUGAUGAUAGUCCCCUGAAAGGGAAAAAACUUACUUGGGACCAACGAUACAAGAUUUUAACAGGUGGUGCACACGCAUCGCCCUACCUCCAUGAAGAAUGCAAUCAGAUUCAUAGAGAUGUCAAGCCAAGCAAUGUCCUGAUAGAUGAAGACCUAAAUGCCAAGCUUGGGGAUUUUGGCUUGGCCAGAACUUAUGAAAUGAUAUCAAUCAAGAGACAACACAUUGUAGGUACACUAGGGUACUUGGCUCCUGAACUCACAAGGACUGGGAAAGCCACCACAAGCACGGAUGUCUAUAGUUAUGGUACGCUUAAGCUUGAAGUUGCCGGCAGAAGAAGGCCAAUUGAGACCCAGAAAAAUGCUAAGGAGCUGCUGCCUACCAUGAGAAGAGUUGUGCAACUUCUACAGGGCGAUGCCACCAUUCCUCCACUACCCCAUGAUAUUCAUGUGGAAGUUCCUAUGGCAAUUACAGAGGAUUCGGAUAGCUUCGCUGAUGAUUCUGAUCCUUCUUGCCACAAAAUGACUUCAACCCAAAGUAAUAGUUCGACAAGCUUUGACAAGAAACUUUCCACUGGUCACACUACAAGAGUUACCUUCCAGACAAUAUCACAACAAAGGAACCAUGACUGUAAAAACAGGUUAUGCAGUUCAUGA